CCCGCCGCCAGCCGUGCCCAGCAUGUCUGCGCUCGAGUGGUACGCGCACAAGGCUCUGGGCGACGGCAUCUUCUGGAUCCAAGAGCGCUUCUACGAGUCGGGCAACCGCGCCAACAUCUGGCUGGUGCGCGGCUCCGAGCGGGACGUGGUGAUCGACACGGGCCUGGGGCUGCGCAGCCUGCCCGACUACCUGCACUCGGCCGGGCUGCUGCAGGACGGCGCGCUCAAGGAGGACGCUCCGCGCCGGCCGCUGCUGGCCGUGGCCACUCACGUGCACUUCGACCACUCGGGUGGCCUCUAUCAGUUCGACCAGGUGGCCGUGCAUCACGCCGAGGCCGAGGCCCUGGCUCGCGGGGAUAACUUUGAGACGGUGACCUGGCUCUCCGACAGCGAGGUGGUGCGGGCUCCCAGCCCCGGCUGGAGGGCACGGCAGUUCCGGGUGCAGGCGGUGCAGCCCACCCUCAUCCUGCAAGAUGGGGAUGUAAUCAACCUUGGUGACAGACAGCUCACUGUUAUGCACAUGCCAGGUCACUCCAGAGGCAGCAUUUGCUUACAUGACAAAGACCGGAAGAUUCUCUUCAGUGGAGAUGUUGUGUAUGAUGGAUCACUAAUUGAUUGGCUCCCAUACAGCAGGAUAAAUGACUACGUUGGAACUUGUGAACGUCUAAUAGAAUUAGUGGACAGAGGGCUUGUGGAAAAGGUGCUUCCUGGGCACUUCAAUACCUUUGGUGCUGAAAGGCUUUUCCGAUUGGCUUCUAACUAUAUUUCAAAAGCUGGGAUAUGUCACAAAGUGUCUACUUUCGCCAUGCGGUCUCUUGCAAGUUUAGCCCUGCGUGUAACAAAUUCUAGGACCUCACCCUAGUAUAUGUGUACUGGUCAUUUAUUUGCAGUGACUGUAAAACCCAGUUCAUUUGUGUUGUUUAAAAUGGUCAAUAAUGAGCACUUCAGAAUGUGUUUUUGUAUAUUUAUUGUAUAUUAGAAGGGGGAAAAAAAAAAGAUUGAGAAUGAGUAAGCCAAAAUAGGAAAGAGUUAAUUAUUUUUCUUUUCUUUCAAAUAAGAAACCACUUAUAAGUUCCAAGGCUGUCAUUUUACAUUUGCUCCAGAAAUGCCCCAGGAGUGAUGUGGGGAAGCCAGGAAGCAUUUCACAGCAAGAGAAAAAACUGCCAUUGCUCCUUUAUUUCCUAGGAGACCUGGGAAAAGGCAGACUGAGUUUUAUGCUAAUACUCCAAACUGAUUUUGUUAGUGUAUUAUUUAAAAAUAAAGCAUAUAAGCUAGUAUUUAGAAUGACAGCUAAAACAUACCAUCUUUAUGGUCCUGAAACUUAUGCCUCCCUUUAAUUUAUUUUUUCUUUGUGUAAUUAUAGCAUAUAUUACAGGCUAUGUAAUUUAACUUAUGAAAAGGACAAGGAAUUUUGGGGAUUUUUUUUGCAAAGCUUUAAAUAUAAAUAUAAAUUGCUGAGUGUUUCAGUAAAAAGCUACUAUUUAUUGUUGUUUGCCAUUAUGUAAGUAAUAUUUUUAGUCAGAAAAGUAAAAUUCAAGUGUAUAUAAUCUAACUACAAAUUGUCAGAUUUCUCAGAAGGCCACUGUCAGGCAAAUUUGAAAAUAUACACAUUGAGACUAAUUUUUUAUUAUAUCCUAUUUUAAUAUUAAUAACUUAUAAACAAAAAUUUUCUUGUUAAAUAGCAACCUCAGUAUUAUGUCAUGUUUUACAGUAUCAAAGUGAUUGAUGUCAAUGACAUCUUGAUAUAAACCAUUCUUUUAUUUAAUCUAACAUGUGUAUGUACUAUAGAAUGAUUUUUUAAAUUAAUUGCAAAAUGUGAUUUGGUGUCCAUCUAGAGUUGAUUGCCUGUGGUUUAUCCUGAUUCACAACACCUACUCCUGCCCAGUAUUCUUUGUGUUGAGUGAAAACAAGUCUCUGUUCAUAAAGUCAUAGGAAGUGUCACAUCUCGAGUAACUGUUUUGGUUUGGUGCUCUCAAUAAUAAUUUAUCAGAAAACCUUUUAGAAUAUUUCAUAAAUGGGUUUUAAACAAAUUUUGCCACUUUUCUUAUUAUUGACAUACCUAUAACCAAACUAAUGUCAUUUUGGAAAUUAAAUCAUUUAAUAUUAGGAAAAUGCAGAAAUUUCUAUUUCUGUCAAAUUAUGUAACUUUCUUACCCACAAACACCCAGAUUCUUCAGAUUCACACACACUCCACAUACAUGCUCAUAGUCACAACAGUAUACAGCACUAUGCUAAACACUGUGCAAGGUUAAAAAAAGUCAGAGACAUGAUACCUGGAAGUUGAAGGCACAGAAAAGCUAAAGAAGAAUAUAUGCAGGUAGAAGUUAAUAUAAAUUAUGCCUAAUUAUAAGGGACCUAUAAGGAGGGUUGCAACAUUGGGUGGAGGAAAAGUCCCUAAAGCAGGUUAUUUGAGUCAGAUGUGGAAGAGUGAUUUGAUUGGUGGUCAGGGUAGGAAACAAAAGAGAUCCAGGAACAGGGCACUCCUUGAGACAGUAUAGAUUUUGCUUUAAAGAAGCCCAUUUCUCCCAAGCACCACGUACUUAGCUUGAAAAAGAUGGGCUUGUGACUGCGCAUGUGACUCGUCCUUAGUGACAGACAAACUGAACUGCCGCGAGCCACCAAAUACACCUUUACUUGGAGGUAGAAAGGAUAUGGAAUAUCACCAGUGCUCAAUUGUGUCAUUCAAGGCAGUCGGCCUACUUCAACUGAUGGUGCAACGUCAUGAAUAUAGAUUGGUUCAGGGCAACUACAAUCACUGAAGAAGCCUUAAAUAUAGCCAUUAUUUUUAUAUCAGCAGCACAAACUAAAACCAGAAGUCCUUAACCAUUGACCAUUUUUGUCAUAUUUAAGGAUUUAUUUUAAAAUCAGGGUAUGGUAGGCAUUAAGUUUUAUUAGGAAAUAUUUACUUCUCCUGAGGGAUUCCCUUAUUUAUUGAAAGUGCAGUUCUCAGCAUACAUUGAUAUUUUUUGUUGAUUUCCAAAUUUUUCAGGUUUUUCAGUUAUGAUAGAACAUAACACUGUGAUAUUUUAUUAUUGCUACUAUGUGAAUAAGAUGGGAAUAAAUUAGAAAGAUAUUCAUUUAGUGCCCAUGCUAUACGUUUUAACUAUGAAUUGUACAAUUUAGUCCUGGUUCCAGCAACAAAAGGUAAUUGAUUACCCUCACCCAAUAUGGAGUAGGAACAAAACUGGUAAUUAAACACAGGUUUGUCUGCUCCCAAACUCUGUUCUUUCCUCAUAUAUCUGCAUAACACAUAAAAUUGGCAAGGUGUAUUUUUACUGUCCAAGAUGCCAAUGUGCAAAGAAGAAAUCAAAUAAUAUCAAAGCAGUAUAGCAUUUUAAAAAUCUUUAAAUAUAUAUAUUUUCACCCUGACAGUGACCCUUACAAUUCAUGAUUUGUAGAAAUAUAAGAUUAUAAGUGUAAUUCAAAGUUGUCAAGAUGUAAGAUACUUAAAAAUAAUUUUUAUUUAUAUUGCUAAUGAUUAAUGGUUGGACUCUGAUUUUCCUUAAUGUCUGCUUUUAACUGACGAACUUCAAGCAAAUGAAAAUGUUGUGUUUUAUCCUGAUAUAGUUGUAUAAUUGAUUGUGUGUACUUGUUCUUAUAUGGAUAGUAAUAUGAAUGUAACGUGUUCAAAUUGUCAUAUGAUUUUCAGAUAAGUGUAUGUGAACAUUUGUGUGGUAAAUAUUAAAGUGGAUGUUUAUUUCAGUGUA